AGUUGGAAUUGUCUGGAACGUGUAGAAGGCACGUGGUCCUUUAAAAGAGAAAAAAGAAUACGUUAGUUGAAAUAAACGGUGUACUGACUCAACGGGCUAUAAAAGGAAUUGCAGUUCCUCGUGUCUAUUCAUUAUUUGAGUAUUAGAGCAGUUGAUUUGUUUGUGUAAUUUGAAAUUGAAAUUGAAAUUGAAAAAAUGGCUGAUGAAGGCACAGCUAACUGCAUCGACAUCCUCCUUGCCAUCCUCCUCCCUCCUCUUGGUGUCUUCCUCAAGUUUGGUUGCCACGUUGAGUUCUGGAUCUGUUUGGUACUCACUUUUUUUGGCUAUAUUCCUGGAAUUAUCUAUGCCAUCUAUGCUAUUACUAAGUGAUCCAUCAUCUAUGCUAUUAUUACCCCUCAAUUUACCUUUUGUGGAUCAUGACUAGUUGCCACUUGCCAGGGGCCUUCAUUUCAUUCUAGUCUUACAAUUCUGAUGGAUAAAGUUUUUUCUUUUUCAUGUCUUUUUUAGUGUCAAUAGUCCUUUUCUUUUUGCUCUGUUUUUAACUUUUGUUCAAAUGAAAGUGUGAAGCUUGUGAACUCUAGAAAUGGUAGUCAAAUUGAAAUAGUCUAAAUCAUGUUGCUCAUGUGUCCUUCACUUUAAUAUAUUCAUUUAAUUUUAAAUAUUCAUUCACUCAAGGUUGUAUCUGAGACAGUUUUUAUUUAGCAUUUGUUUAUCUAUUAUAAGAAAAAUCUUCUUUUAA